UUGGCCAGACUGCGGCUUGGGAGAGUUGAGGAAAGAGGAGGAGGAGGAGCCAGAGUUGCCGGCUUGGCUCCGCCCCUCCUUUCAACCGAGAAAGGAAACUCAUUCUCGAAGGAGCAGCCCUUCCUUCCUUGCGCGGGGUCCCUUCAGCCGUCUCCAUGGCGCCUUCCUCGCAGAGCGCGGACCUGAAGAGAGCCGGCAACGAGCAGUUCCGCCACGGGCAGUACAGCCAGGCGGCGGCGCUUUACAGCCGGGCCUUGGCCUCACUGGAGGCGGCAGGGGAUGCAAAUGCAGAAGAGAAAAGUGUUCUUUACUCCAAUCGUGCUGCGUGCUAUUUGAAGGAUGGGAACCUUAGCCUGUGCAUUAAGGAUUGUUCUGAUGCCCUGGAGCUUGUUGCUUUUAGCAUCAAACCCCUGUUGAGGCGGGCAGCAGCCUAUGAAGCUCUUGAGAGGUACAAUUUAGCCUAUGUGGACUACAAAACUGUACUACAGAUUGAUUGUUCUGUACAGGCUGCACAUGAUGGCGUCAACAGAAUGACCAAGGCUUUAUUGGACAAAGAUGGUCUUCAGUGGCGCCAGAAGCUCCCACCCAUCCCAACCGUUCCUGUUUCUGCUCAGAAAAGGUGGGAGCCACCUCCUGAUGGAAACAAAGUGAAUGCUGCUGCUCCUGUAACAAAUCAAGUGCCUUCAGCUGCUACAACCAAACAAGCAAACACGUUGAAACUAGAAGGAAAUGAAUUUGUAAAGAAAGGCAACUAUAAGAAAGCUGUAGAAAAGUACACACAGAGUUUAAAACUCCACAAGCUUGAAUGUGCAACUUAUACUAACAGGGCUCUUUGCUACCUGAAUCUAAAGCAGUACAAGGAAGCGAUUCAGGACUGUUCAGAAGCUCUUAAAAUAGAUCCAAAGAACAUCAAAGCAUUUUAUAGACGAGCUCAAGCAUACAAAGAACUUAAGGACUACAAAUCCAGCAAAGCAGAUAUCAACAGCCUCUUGAAAAUUGAACCAGAAAAUGGUGCUGCUAAGAAACUACUGCAAGAUCUAAACAAACUCUUAAAAUAAGAGUGGCUUAAAAACUGUGUUUGGAAGAUUACAUGUUUUUCUGGUUCUUAAAAAAACAAAACACAUGGACCAGACUGAGUACAGCUGCAGUCUCCACCUUCCAGAUCUGGUGAUAUCUGCCUUAUCCCUUGCUUUAUACAAGAUAUUCAUCUUUUCUUCUAAAGCCUUUUGAAAGUUCAGUGUGACUUCUUGAGAUUUAUAGCUUUCUAGCAAAAUGGCUCCUGCAACACUCUGUCCUAGGAAAAAAUGUUUCUAAUUGUUGGAAAACAUUACCAGCAGUUAGAGAAGCCCUGAUCAACCAUGCUAUUUUAGAUAUAUGUUUGCACAGAAAGAAGUGCUUUAAGAGUUUGGUACUGGAUACAUAGACUUUUGAUAUCAGCACAGUCCAAACUUAAAGCUUGGGGUAAUAGUGACAGGUGGAAGGUGGGAGUGUAAAAUAAUCUAUACUUGCCUUAUAUUUUGUGCACUAUACUCCCAACGGAGAGCACUUGGUCUUGAGAAAAUGACUUGGGAAUCUACAGCUGCUUUUUUCCUUUACCAAAGAGCUUAGUACAUUGUUAUCCUUAUUAUAUGUGUGUUCAGUUCUUGUUCAUUAGAAUAAGUUACUCACCUUUAGUUUAAAUAUCUGUUUCAUGUUUGUAUAUGCUUGCUACUAUACAGCACUUACCCCCAUUGUACACAUGUCAAAGUAGUUGUUACUGGAAGUUCACACUGUGGAGGAGCCAAAUGAGUAGAGAUUUAUUCAGAGUAGCAGAGGCAGGGAAAUAAUCUUAAAUAUCUGCCUACAACAGUACGGUUCUUAGGCCUACAUCUCAUUAACAGCAAGUGAUUAUUUAUAUUGAGCUCUAGUACUUCUAACUAUAACGACUGAUCCCAUUUGACUAAAUUUAAAAAACACAUUCAGGAGCACAGGAAUAAGUGUUUCCUAACAGUUGGAAGUACUACAGCCUCCACCAGUCUCAGCCAACAGAGUGGUAAACCAUAACUGGAAGGCAGUAUGUUCCCAAUCUCUGCUAUUAGAUGGAAGACAAGAAUCAUGGCCUAGUAUUCUUACUACCCUGCUGAUCUUCUGCAUGUACUCUAUUACAGAGGAAUGAUGAAUUAUGAUAACAACCAUGUGCUAGCUGGUAUCUCCAAAGACUGAGUAACUCACUGUUUAAGAAUAACGUCAAAUGUUCCACAGCAACAGCAAAAGGUGUAGCUUGCUUGUAUUAUUUUGCUCUCUACCUUCUUGGAGCAAAGUUUCUAGCUGAGUCACCUACCUUGGGUGGAGGGACACCCCACCCUUCCCAGGGAGCUUGCUUCCUUUUAAGCUUCUGGCUUUAAGGCUAGACAGGAGAGAGCUUUGCAUGUCGCCUCUCAACAGAGUCCUGCAACCUUGAUUUACUACCAUUAAUGUUACACUGGGUACAGAACUGGUGCCUGUCUCCCCUCCCUCUGAGAAGAUUCAAAGGAAAAAGAAUGGCUGUCUGCUGACCUUUUAUUUAAGUUUUCUCUCUUUCAGCCUCAGGACAAGAAAUAAAGGUUGUAUUUAAAAUGAUAAA